AUAUUUCGUACUCACACUGACUAAUGGACUUGCCUGUCGACAGUAAAUAAUAGAACUGACAGAAAAGUUCACGUAGGGUUGUCAAGGUUUGUAAGCCUACGUGCUGAUAACGUUGUGUGACCAUUUUAUGACGCAGCGUGUGCGUCUAUCACGGAUGUAAACAUUGCCCCGUCCACGUGGAGGGAAAAACGAUUUGAGCCUCGUCUGCCCGGGAGAAAGUAACCGUGUUAGGUGGGUGUUCCAGGCUUCAGCUACCUAAUUUUUUCCGCUGUCAGUGAUGUCCAGACCUUAGACACAGACCAAUCCUCCCUCCCAUCAUGGACUCUAAAAAGCCAGGUGUGCUGCGGAAUAUCCGCAGGAAGAUUAUGCCACACCUGCGACGAGACAAGGCAAAUAAGUUGGACGUCCCACGCGAGCAUGGCCUGGAUCACAGGAUAAGCUCCUCUGUCCCUGACAUCAGGAUCAUGAGGCAGGAGUACACUCCUAUCACCGCCAAGACGCAGCUCCAACAGUACAACUCUCCCUGCUACAGCAGCCCAGUAUCACCGCUCAACAAGCCUGUUAGGAGCCCUGGAGGAGGUGGGAGUGGUCUGAGGAGGGAGGUGGUAGAUGGAGGAGGAGCAGGGUGGAGUGAACACAGGCUGAGCGUGCCCAUAGACUGCACUGACUGGGCUUCCUCUCAGGAGUCGUUCAGCAGCAUUUAUGAGGAGGAGAAGAGCUCUCCAGAGAGAAACUACAAAGCUGCUCGAGGCAUGGAGCCUGAAGAGCUCGGCCUGCCCGAGAUGAUGACUGUCUACAGCCCAGACCCUCCCUCUGUGGAGGUCUCCAAGGACAGCUUACAGAAUGAAGAUAUAAACAGUAACGCCUUGAAAGAAGGGGACAACCAAAAUAGUGAGAUGGGCAAUGAGACCCCAACUGUGCUGGAGAACAGGGAUCUGUCCCAGUCCUUCCUGCUCACCAUCAACCUGAAGGAAGGACGAAACCUGGUCAUCAGAGACCGCUGUGGAACCAGUGACCCGUAUGUGAAGUUUAAACUGGACGGAAAAACCUUCUACAAAAGCAAAGUGGUUUAUAAAGAUCUGAACCCCACAUGGAAUGAGACCUUCUCCUUACCUGUGAAAGACUUGAACCAGAAACUGUACAUCAAGGUGUACGACCGUGACCUGACAACUGAUGACUUCAUGGGCUCCACCAGUGUCUUCCUGAGCGAUCUGGAGAUUGACAAGGUCCACGAGCUGGAUUUGCCCCUAGAUGACCCAAACAGCCUGGAGGACGACAUGGGCUCCGUGCUGGUGGACUUGAGCCUGUCACGCAGGGACAGAGACAGCAAAAGAGGCCAUUGGUGGCCUCAAAAACAGAAAAGAAGCAUUAGGUCGGGCGGCUCAUCUCAGAGCUUUCGGCUGUCAGAGACGCUGAGGAAGAGUCAGCUCUGGACGUCUGUGGUGUCAGUGACUCUGGUCGAGGGUCAGGAGCUGCCGCUGGACACGCUGGGGGGUCAACUCUUUGUUCGUUUCAGACUGGGAGAGCAGAGAUACAAAAGCAAGACUCAGGGCAGAGUGUCCAACCCUCAGUGGAGAGAGAGGUUCACAUUUAACCAGUUCAUGGAUGGUUCAGACAUCCUGGAGGUGGAGCUCUGGUGCAAGGAGGGACGGAGGACUGAGGAGUGCUGGGGAUCGUGUGAAAUCAACCUGUCCAAGGUUCCUUAUGAUCAAAGGCAGCUGUUCACACAUACUCUGGACAACGGGAGAGGACGCCUGAUCUUCCUGCUCACGCUGAACACGUGCAGCGGCAUCUCCAUCUCCGAUCUCUGCUCCGCUCCGCUCAGUGAGCCUCGUGAGCUACAGAACCAGCUCGACACCUACAGUUUGAAAAGGUCCUUGAAAAACCUGCGUGAUGUUGGUUUCCUUCAAAUCAAGGUUAUCAAGGCUGCAGAUCUGCUGGCAGCUGAUUUAAACGGUAAAAGUGAUCCCUUCUGUGUACUCGAAUUGGGCAAUGACAGACUGCAGACCCACACGGUGUACAAGAGCCUCCACCCAGAGUGGAAUAAAGCCUUCACAUUCCCUGUCAAAGACAUUCAUGAUGUUCUGGUAGUGACCAUCUUUGAUGAGGAUGGAGACAAGGCGCCAGACUUCCUGGGAAAAGUCGCCAUUCCUCUGCUCUCGAUCCGCAGGGGACAGCAGAUCACCUACCCGCUGAAGAAAGAGGACCUAGGCGGGCUGUCGAAAGGGAGCAUCACUCUGGAGCUCGAGGUUAUUUUUAACCCUGUCAGAGCGAGUAUCAGAACGUUCCAGCCCAGAGAGAGGACAUUCAUGGAGGAUAACCCCAAGUUUUCCAAAAAGGCGCUGGCCAGGAACGUGCUGCGUGUUCAGACGCUGUACAGGGCGAUCAUAUCCACGCUGCAGUACAUCAAAAGCUGCUUCCAGUGGGAGAACGUUCAGAGGAGCCUGCUAGCCUUCCUGGUGUUUGUGGUCACAGUGUGGUACUGGGAGUUUUACAUGCUGCCCUUCUUUCUGGUCCUGCUCAUCUCCUGGAACUACCUCCAGAUCCGGUCGGGUCAUGUCAGUCAGGAUCUGGAAAAUAUGGAUGUGGGGGAUGAAGAGGAGGAUGAUGAGAAGGAGUCGGAGAGACGAGGGCUGAUGGAGAAAAUCCACAUGGUCCAAGAAACUAUCAUCACCCUCCAGACCCUGCUGGACGAGAUCGCCUGCUUUGGAGAGAGAAUUAAAAACACUUUUAACUGGUCGGUGCCGUUCCUGUCCGGUCUGGCUUUUCUGAUCUUUGUCACAGCAACAAUCCUCACAUACUUCAUCCCCAUACGCUACAUAGUUUUAAUUUGGGGUAUCAAUAAAUUCACCAAGAAGCUACGGAACCCGUACAGCAUCGACAACAAUGAAGUGCUUGAUUUCCUGUCGAGGGUGCCUUCAGAUGUGCAGAAGGUUCAAUACAGCGAGACAAAAAGCAGCAAGAAGAAGAAGAUCUUAUAGAGGCAGGACAGUGUGGAAAACAGGACACGAUGCUGCUGUUUACGAGUUUAAUUCCCCCAAAACUGCAAAGGAACUGCAAAGCAUCUGCUGGAGUGUUGCACUCAUGCAGCUAAAGACGUUGAAACCAAAGAAGUCCAGGCUCACUGCACAUUUUUACAAAGGAUUUUAACCAUGUGUCUGUCUGUGCAUUUCUGGGAACAUUUGUAACAUUUUGUCCAAAGAUUUUAAGUGUUUGUACAGUUUGUUCUUUACAGUCAAAAGCUGCUGUUUUAUUUUUCUGCACUGCUAAAACUAAAAUCUAAGGAUGUGUAUUUGUCUUGUUUGUUGAAAAAUAUUAUCUUGCUCUAUUAUUAUUAUUACAUAUUAUAUAUUAUAUUAUAUUAUAUUAUAUAGUGCAUUGACAAACCUUGAUAUUACAUACAUGUUAAGACACCCAACAAGUAAAUUUUGCUUGCACCUCUCAAAGAAGAGGUCGGAAUGUGGGCUUGUCAGGUAAAUAUAUUUAUUGUAAUGAGAGAUUUGGCUACAAAUUAAGCAAAUACACUUCCUUAGACUUGAGUCUUUGCAGUGUGGCUUGAGUUUUGUCCCACUGAAAACAGCUGAUAUGUCAGCUAAAGUUGCAUAACUGAAUGUAUUUUCAGUGACACUUGUAUAUUUUUUACAAUUUCUAUUAAUGAAUGUGAAGAUUUUUUUUUAACCAUAAAUUGGAUUUUCUACAUUCUAAAAACAACCUAAAGAUUAAAAUUAAUAGUUUCUUUUAAGAGAUUAAGACAUUUUCUAAGCACAUUUAUAUGUUUCAAGAUUCAAUUACCAUAAUAAAAGUGAGGUAAGGUUUGCCUUUUCAGAGCUCUGAUAUAUUGCAUGACCAUAUUCAUCAUUAUAUAAAAAAAGUACAAGUGUUAUGCAUCGUAAAACUUUGUUUCCUUAUUUCUUGAAAUAUGUAUGAGUUAUGUGCAAGCAGAGUUGACUAUUUCUUCACAGAUCUGAUUUUACAAGAGGAUUAAUACAAGUGCCUGCAUUUCUCAUAUUGUUUUACGAUUUAAUUCAUCCAGGAUUCACUGUGCCCAUUGUUAUGUUUUAUUCUUUGCCUGUGAGCAGUAAGGGACCAGAUCUGCACACACAUAACUUUAUUUAUUAAUGCUAACCACUUAUGAAGACUUUAUUUCUCAUAUCCAACAGCAAUAAAUGCACUCCACUCGA